AUGGCACCAAUAAGGUCCUUCAAAGAAUAUGAUCUCUCAGCCUUCGAUUGGGACAAAACUCCAGUUUUAGGCAAAGGUUCUCAUGGCAAAGUCUUCCUAGGAGAACUCGAUCUCGGCAGCGUCGCCAUCAAAGUCGCUCCAUGUCGAGCAGCUUCUUCACUCGUCAAAGAGAAAGCGAUUCUCAAACAGUUCAUCGGAUGCUCAAAAAUCGUUCAGUACAUUGGCGACACCGUUACUAAGAAAGGAGACGACGUUGUUUACAGUCUGAUAUUGGAGUAUGCUACUGGAGGUACUUUGGGUGACAUUAUCAGAAAACAGGAGAAAAUUUCAGAGGAAGAUGCCAAAAAGUACCUUCGAAUGAUACUUCAAGGGCUUUCUUGCAUUCACGCUAAAGGGUUUGUGCAUGCUGAUCUCAAAUCGGACAAUAUUCUUGCGUUCCGCUCAAAGAGUGGAAGAAUGAAGCUGAAAAUAGCAGAUUUUGGACUUUCUAGGAUGUAUGAUGAGAAAGAAGAGAAAAGUUUAUGUUGGAAUUAUUACAAGAUGAGCUUUGUAGGGACAGCAAAAUACAUGUCUCCAGAAUCUGUCUUUGACAUCGUUAAACCCGCACUCGAUAUUUGGUCUCUUGGUUGCAUUUUUGUUAACAUGAUGACCGGGAGACACGUUUGGAAUGAUUGCAAAGAUAAUAAAGAGCUGAUUUCGAAGCUUAUAUAUGAAAGAGAAAUACCAACAAUACCAAAAGAAUUAUCCGAGCUAGGAAAGGAUUUUCUCGAAAAGUGCUUUGAGAGAAAUUACGAAAAAAGAUGGUCAGCAGAUAUGCUACUUCGACAUCCUUAUUUGGGGCCUUAG